UCAUGGGCAACGGACGAUAACCAGGAUAACCGUUACCUCAAAUGUCCCCUUAGUCGCAUUGAGUAUUAUAAAUGCGCUGAUGAUGUGGAACACGAAUUCCUCGUGUUCUACUUCAAACAUUGGACCCAUCCCAACUCUGAGGCUGUAGUGUCUGUAGACCGUACUGUGCACCAACGAGAUGGUUGCUCGAAACAGUCGUCGGAAAUCAUCUCUCCCUCAUCUUCUGAAAACAACGCUGCCUUCGACUCUGUAUCCCUGCUUGGUUCACCUCAUGAUGCAGCGUCGCCCCUUCUUACCAGAUAUGGGCAGUACAAAAAACUUUGUACUCUCCUGUUUUCUUCACCUUCCGCCCCUUCAGCGCUCGAGGUGUCCAUUGUACUAUCUCUGGUAAACCAACAAGCCCCCGCCUAUCAUCUAUACGAGAAACAAUGUUAUUGGUUCUCUGAUACUGUGUGGAGGAGCUUGAAGAAGCUCUUCCCUACGAACCAAGAAUCAUGUCGAGAUCAUAAUGCACGCUGUCGCUAUCGCGGCAUC